AUGAAGAAUACUGGCUACUUGUACGGAUAUACGUACUUUUUAGUGUCUGUCACUCGCGGCUCGGCCUUGCCACUUUUUUUUUUUGCAACGCGUCUCUUUCGACUCUGUACCUAGCUAUGA